UGUAGGGGCGGCUCAGGUGGAUGCGGGGGGCGGCGUGAGGCCGCGGGGGGAGGCGCGGAGCGGAGGGACGGGGGCUCUUCCCCCGCCUCGGGAGGCGGCGGGGGCUCGGGGGGCAGCGCUCGGCGGGCUUCCCGCAAGGGUGAAUUGGAUUAAUUCGCUUUUUUUUAAAGGGGGGGGGAGGUUUGCGCUCCUUUCCCCCCCCCCUUCGCCGUGCAGAAUUGGCGCCGGCAAGAGGCCGCUGUGGCAUCGCGUUUGGCGUCCUUCCCACCCCCUUCCCCUCGGUUUCGCUCCUGGAGGAGUUGCUUGUUGAGGUUUUGGUUGUUUUGGUUUUUUUUUUCCGAUAGUUUUUUUUUUUUUUAAAAUACGAACCUGCGUCUUGAUUUUUUUUAAACAAACAAACAAACUCGCUCCCCCCCCCAAUAACCCCCCUCCGCACACAAGCCUGCCUCUGAGAGGGAAAUAGCCAGGUGGAAUCUCACUCUGUUUCCAUGGACAACCCGUCCAUUAUCACCCAGGUGACUAACCCCAAAGAGGAGGAGAUCCUGUCCUGCACUCAGGAUAAAGUGUCCCAAUGUAAUAUCAGCUUGAAGAAGCAGAGGAGUCGAAGUAUCUUUAGCACCUUAUUCUGCUGCUUUCGUGACUACAAUGUCGAGCCACCAUCCACCAACAGCACCAGUGCUCUGCCUCCUUUGGUGGAGGAGAAUGGAGGACUUCAGAAGGGUGACCAGAUGCAGGUCAUGCCUAUACCAAGUGGAAUUUACUAUUUCCACGGGACUGAAGCAGUGCAGCAGUCGUUCCACUACAAGCCACCAGCUAAAUACCUCCUGCCAGAACUGACAGCAUCAGACUAUGGGAAGAAGUGUGUGGUCAUUGAUUUAGAUGAAACUUUAGUGCACAGUUCAUUUAAGCCAAUUAGCAAUGCUGAUUUCAUCGUUCCUGUUGAAAUUGAUGGAACCAUACAUCAGGUUUAUGUAUUGAAACGACCACAUGUGGACGAGUUUCUUCAGAGGAUGGGAGAGCUCUUUGAAUGUGUACUCUUCACAGCCAGUCUAGCCAAGUAUGCAGACCCAGUAGCUGACUUACUGGAUCGCUGGGGUGUGUUCAGGGCAAGGCUCUUUAGAGAAUCCUGUGUUUUCCACCGAGGCAAUUACGUGAAGGAUCUGAGUCGACUGGGCCGUGAGCUGAGUAAAGUUAUUAUAGUAGAUAAUUCUCCUGCAUCUUACAUCUUCCAUCCUGAAAAUGCAGUGCCUGUGCAGUCCUGGUUUGAUGACAUGACAGACACAGAGCUGCUAGAUCUUAUUCCUUUCUUUGAAGGACUAAGCAAAGAGGAAGAAGUUUACAGUAUGCUUCAUAAACUCUGCAACAGGUAGCCCUUAACUCUGACUGACUCCUGCUCCUAGAUUGCAGUGCUAGAGGCUGUCUCCAUCUCUUUCAGCUCUUUCAAAUGUAAGCUUGGGGAGGUCACCCCAGUCAGAAGUGCUACUCUUGAUCUUCCUGUUACAUUGGACACGAAGGACAAUCAUGAGUGAUGCUAUUAAGCCUUCAGAAGCCUGACUCCUAAGGUCAUGUGUUCAGACUACUUUUUUAAAGGAAAAAAAAAAAAAAGCUAUUUUAAAUGGGACUCUUUUAAUUAAUUUCAUAAAUGGACAUCUUUUACUGGAUCAGCUUUUCUUAAAACAUGCCAAAAAAAAAAGAAGCUUGUAUUUCAGCAGUUGAAUUUCUCUCCCUUUCUUCCCCUCCCACUAUGCAGACAAUUUUACCCCCCUGCUUAGAGCAGUUGACCUGACUCUGAAUUUUUUCUUACAGAAUGAAGUGCCUUUUUGAAUGUUAUUUUAAGAUAAAAAUUCAUUUUUGUAUAAGACGUAUUUCCAGACAUCUUUUAGUCUUGUAUUGUCUAAAUGCUUUAAAAGGAAAAAGGAAAAAAAAAAUUUAUAGAGCACUGUAAUAUAUAACAAAGGAAAAAGUUGAAAGCAAGAUGCUGGGUUCCUGUCUCCACGAUGACAGUGAGUUGUGUUACACUUUGUCAUGCUCAGAAGGUUCAGGCGGUCGUGGGAGGGGUGAACUGGGGUCAUUAACAUGGUUGUUUCACUGAUGAGGAUUUUGGGCACAGUUUUAAAACAUAUCUGCAGUUGUUUUGAGUGUUUAGGGAGUGAUGGAGUUGAGGAAAUGAGGUGGCUGAUAGACCUAAAGCACCUUUAAUGCAGACAGAUGAAGUUCUGCUGUCUCUGCUCACGCACAACUGCCAUGCCUCUUCUUUUUUGGAAAACCAUUCUCUUGGGAGAACAGCAAGGAGAUCUAUUUAUUAGCUUCAGAUUCUUUUCUCAAAACAACCCAUCUGGGGAAGCUGGAUCUACAUUGAGCUGUUUGGAGUACUUUUUUCUUUUCAUUGCUGCUACUGUAUACUCACCAAAUGGAGUUGACCAUCGGCUGUUAUACUGUUUUUGCCACUGUGCCUGUGCUAUGAGACAUGUUCUGUAAGCUGCAAACUUGGGCAAUAAAUAAAAAUGCAGGCUUCAUAACCCACCCCCAUGGAUUAAUCCAUUGGUAUCUGAUAUACCAGUUAAAGGUGACCUGUAAAGGAUUUUUUUUCAAUUUUUUUUCAAUUAAAAUGAAGCCCUCUUCUUUCUUUGAUACAUGAAAAUGCAGGAAGUUCACUGCCCACACCUUUGAUUUGUAUUUCUUUUUCCCCAAGGUGUGAGGUGCAGAUUAUGAGCUGUAUCAAGUGUUGCUGGAUGGCAGAAGUUACUAGCCUAGACUAAAAUUGGUCCUCUGGCUUUGGAGUUGAGUUAGACUCAUCUCUGAAUCUGAGAGCCUGCUUAACAUCUUCUGCAGUGCCAUAGGUAUUUCAGAUGAAUGAUUUUUAAAUAUUUUAUGCCUUUGAACAAGGCACCUUUUUUUCCCCUCCUCCUUUCCAGUGUCACCUUUCAGUUAUUGUCCACAGCAGAAAUCUGCAAACAUAAAAAGUGCAGCUGUGUUUGGCUGUCAUCAGAGAAGACUAAAUGGAUUAUUUGGUGCUUCUAAUUAGCCUUGUGCUAAAUUCUGAAUUGUAGACCCCCUUUGCCUUUUCUCUUUUCCUCGAAAAGUCCCAAUGACUUGGGAAAAACACAAAUUCCUUUGUGAUGGACCUGGGGCUUGUGAUCCUCGUCUCAAAACCAUUGGUGAAGCAGCUUAACAAAUCCAUCUGAGAGGGGCAGGCCAGUCUGCACAGGCAGUGAGUGGGUGCUGGUGGGUGCAGUGUCAAACUGAGCCCCCCUUGCAGUGCAGCUGUGCUCCAGCUGUGCUCCAGCUGUGGCUGGGCCCAGGGGUGCUGGAGGCAGUCCCAUCACACCCGUGAGUCUCUAGGGCAUCACCCUUUUGUUUCUUAACCAGCUGGCAUCACCUCAGUACUGUAUCAAUCUGUGCCACAACAAAAAGACAAAAGUGUCAGGUUUGAAAAUGAAAAAUCUUAAAAAAAAAACAAACAACCUACUUUGUUUAAAAUAUAACAAAAAGAAUUAAACAAGAAAAAGGACGUGUGGAUUCUGGUUAGUCCAUUAACGUUUACUUUCAGUUUAAGAUUGUUUAAUUUUGUAUUUGACUCCAGAGUAAUGAAACUGUAAGCUGCCAAAAAAAAAAAAAAAAAAAGAAAAAAAAAAAAAAGUUGUUCUCUGAGCAGUAUUUUCAACUGUGCCUGUGGCCCCAGGGCCCCAGUGCAGUUUGCAGGGAAGUAUUCAGGUUGUAGUUAGUCGUGCAGGUAUGAGAGGAAUGGCUGAAGAAAUUCAAAGACUUUUUCUCGUUAGCAUUAGACCAAACAAUCAGACAAAGAGUGAAUAACCCACGAGCCAGUGUGACAGUUGUGACCUGUGGGACGUGAGACAAACCAUGUCACCUGUCUGCAUCUCUGCAAGCAGCGAUUUCAUGAACCAGUUGCCUUAAGUCUGUGAAUGAAUGUUGAUUAUAUUAUUAAAGUGUCUUGUAUUGUUUUCCAAUCCACAUAGAAUGGGCAACUGAACUUCUGCACCAGCCUCUGCAGGAAUGGUUCUGAUGAUGUUCUGUACAACCAUACUUGUACUGUAUCAUUUUGGCUCUUAAAACCCCCAAAUUUUAAAAAAUUUACUGUAACUUAGUACAGCAUUAAAAUGACACUUGGUGACAAUACAAAGACAAAAAACAUAGCACAGCUUUGAUCUCUGUUAGCAUUAAGAGUAUUUUCUAUAAGUUCUGAUCAGUUCUAUUUUUUUUUAACCCACCCAUUCUUGUAUGGGAAUAAAACUCAGAGUGCUCUGCAAUCAGGUUUGGACUCCCCUGGGUAUUCAGAUUUGGCCAACAACUGUCACAGUUGUUUAUUUUGACACUAUCAUCAUACUUGAAAUUUCAAGUGUUGAGUUUGCGUGGAUAUACAUACGCUAUAUAUUUAGAGUUUCUAGAUUCUAAAAAAAAAAAGCAAUAGAGUUCUGUCCAUAAAGUCAGAAAACGAGUGGAAUGUUUGUAAAAUUUGCAAUACGGGUAUUUGAUUGUAUUUUAAAUACAAGAUUUAAAAAAAAAAUUCAAAUAGGAAAAAUUAAAAAAACAACCCUUGUUUCCUAAAUCUCUUGCAUAUUUUGAAGUGCAGUUGCUGCAUGCAGGUCACCAGGGCUGUUCUAAACCCUGGGUUUCAGUUCUACUUCUGGAUAUUAUAGAAAUAUUAAAAACCCUUUUCCCAGUUGGUCAUUCUAAAGACAUGCUGCCUGGCCUGAAGUUCUGUUGUCCUUUUUAUGUUGGGUUAAAAAACGGUUUUUUUGCCUGUAUGGGUAUUUUUAAAUGAAGCUGUAAGGCAGAAUGCCUUAGACCCUUGAAACCCAACAGAAGUGUUCACAAAGAAAUUGCCAUUUGUAACCUUAGGGCUGUGCACAGAAUCCUUGGUCACACCACGAGGCGUGGCAGGCUGGGCAUGGGGAGCUGGUGGCAAAUGUACAAUAUUGCUGUGUUCAUUUAGGUAGCUUUGGAAGAAUAAUUUUGUCUCUUUGUUUCGCCCUUUUGGUCUUUAUUAAAACAGCAAAAGUUGUACGUGGAAGAAACUCAACACCUGGAGGCGUUUUUGGUUGUCAGUGUACGCAAUCACUUUUCUUACAGCAUGAUUUUGAUUAGACUGGUUGGGGACAAUAAAGUAUCUAAAUGACACUGGUGUGUGCUGAUGUUGCAGCUUUUGAAAUUUCAAUGUAAAAAAAGAAAAAAAAAAAACCAAGAAAAAGAAUCUGUAGCUGUGUGACUUCCGAAGGCGUAACCCUCUGUUGGACAGAUUGUUUUUAACCUAAUAAACCACAGUUCUGCACAGCCCUAUUUGUAAAACAAAAACAAGUUUGUGCCUCUGAUUCCAAGGUGCUGUGAUGUUUUUUGCCUUUGUGGGGUGAGGAGGGGCAGGUGAGGCUGGCGUGGGGCAAUUGCUUCAAAAUCUCUGGGCUAACUAUGCAAAACCAGCUGUCAGUUCUCUGUUUCACAUGAUGUUGUAAAAUCCCAGCUGACUCUCUCUUAUUUCUUGUUAAAGAUCUAUUGGGAGCUCCUCAACAGAGGAGUAAGCAAUGGAAAUGUUUCUUUCUUUCUUUCUUUUUUUCCUUUUUUUUUUUUCCUUAUGAUGGAGCUGUUUACACUUUGAUGCAAUGAACAAUCCAGCAAUACUUGAGAAACACUACAGAUACCAUAUGAGUGUUUGCAGGAGAGAGAAGUGUUGUCAAUCAGGUAUUGAAUGGUUUCUUUACUGUCACAAAUAAAAAAUUUUAACAAUAUAGCUACUUGUGCAUGUAAUACUUCUCUGGGAAAAAGCAUUUCUGCACUUCUCCUUCAGGAACAGGCACUGAUUCAGCAGGGAAUCACUGCUGCUAAUGCACAUCCAUGGCAGAGGGUGAAAUCACCCAUCCCUGUCCCUCCUCCUCCUCCUCCUCUCCCCUCCCAGUCAUGGCAGGACUCCUCAGUGGCUGCCCUGGCACCUGCUUGUGCAAGCAGAGCUGAUGAACUGCUGCUGAACUCUGCUAAAUAAAUUGGUGGCGACUCUUGCAGAUGUUCCAGCUAUUUAGAUCUCUUGGAUGAGAUCAUACAAUAAUUUGUUCAAGUC